AUGGAUCGAUUGGUCGCAAGAUACGCAACACGGUCACAACACAAAUGGGGCAUGAAUUGUUCAGACUCGGAGGAAGAUGAGUUCAGAACAGCCAAUCACGUUGAAGAACUGUUUACGCAACCGCGGGCCAAUGAUGCCUCCCCGAAUGGUGACGGAACGUUCGAUCGCCCGCUGAUUCAAGUGCCACUGCGAAUACGCGACAGUUACCUCCAUAUGCUGCAGAAGCAUGUUAUCCCGCAACUCAAGCAGCACAAGAAGUCACCGACCGUCUUUCAACAAGAUGGUGCUCCACCCCACUACUCAAACCAAGUGAUAACUUAUCUCCAAGAGCAAUUUUCUGGUGAGAGAGUCAUUGCUCGUAGAUUUCCAAACAUUUGGCCCGCGAUGUCACCCGAUCUCACACCUCUGGAUUAUUGGUUUUGGGGGAUGAUCAAGGCUCGCGUAUAUCAUGAAAAUAAACCGAAGAAUUUGGCGGAGUUAGGAGUGUGUACUCAUUCGUAUGCUCGUGCCGAGCAUCAUACGUUGGUCGUACGACAAGGCAUUUGUCGGACAGAAUACGAGAACACAAUCCCGUAUCUCUGA